AUGAGUCAGGAGUAUUUCCCCGGCGAUAAGGCCGCCUCGUCCGCCGGCGAGGGAUCCUCGAGACGCCCUCCUGACGAGUUUCCAUCCCAAAACCCUUUUCAUCCCAGACCCCCGCCUACCUAUAUGACCGUCGGAAAUGGAUCAACCUCUGAGAGCGCCACGGCCCUGAUGGCUUCGUUGAACGCGGAUUCGGGAUACGGAGGCAGUCUCGCGAGUGGAAGUUUGAUGGAUGGUGAUGGGGGUCUCGGGUGGCGAUCGGAUUUGAUGGUGGAUAUACCAACCCCGAUGCCAACGCCUCCUCGCAUGGGAGAUUGGCAUCCGUCUGUGGAACAUGAACGACAAGUGGUUGCAAGCCAUGUUCAUCAGCUGCUAUAUAACUCGAAUCGUACCAAACUUGGACGCGCAAUCUCCCGGACGAUCGAAACAUUGAAGGAACUUCAGGACAUGAACCGCCAAUGGCCCGCACACUAUCCAUCUGUCCAAAACGCGCCAGGCAGCCCUGGCUCGCCGUCUUUGCGCCCCAGCUUGCGCCAGAGCCAAUCAUACUUUGAAAACGAUGCCAACGCGUCCGAGCCCUUCCCACGGCCUGGGCAGAUUCGACGCGCAGCCACGAUGGCAGGAAGCGAUGAUCUACCGGAAUCGAGUGUUGUUGCGGAACGCCGAAGUACUCCCGAGCCGAGGUUGAUGAGCCCACAGAUUGCACAGGAAUUCUCGAUUUUGAAAUUGGAUCUUAAGCUUGGUGCUUUGUCGCAGACUGAACUAGUGCACUCGCUGGAGAAAGCCUCCAUUGCGUCACUACUGGAUGGAAAAAUCAGUCAAAGCAUCAAACACCUUCUUUCGCUGCGGGACAGGAUCGAGGACACAUCGAGCAAGGUCUUGAUCACGGGAGACCUGAAUGCUGGCAAAUCGACGUUUUGCAACGCCCUUCUGCGCCGGAAGGUGCUACCUGAGGAUCAACAACCUUGCACCAGCAUUUUCUGUGAAGUCCUCGAUGCGCGGGAGAACAGUGGGGUUGAGGAGGUUCAUGCGGUCCGCAAAGACAGACAAUACAACCGCAACGACGAGAGCACAUACGACGUAUAUGCUCUCCCAGAGCUCGAAAACAUCGUGAUUGACAACUCGAAGUAUAUGCAAUGCAAGGUCUAUGUGAAAGAUGUGAGAACAAUCGAUGAGUCUCUGCUUAACAACGGAGUGGUUGAUAUCGCUUUGAUUGAUGCUCCUGGUCUGAAUUCGGAUUCGUUGAAGACUACCGCCGUUUUUGCUCGCCAGGAAGAGAUCGACGUCGUGGUUUUCGUGGUAUCCGCUGCGAAUCAUUUCACGCUUUCUGCCAAAGAGUUCAUUCUCAAUGCCGCUCAUGAGAAGGCUUACAUGUUCAUCGUUGUCAACGGUUUCGAUCAGAUUCGUGACAAGCAGCGGUGUGAGCGCAUGAUUCUGGAUCAAAUUGGCAAGCUUAGUCCUCGCACUUACAAGGAAGCUGCUGAGCUGGUUCACUUUGUUUCCAGCAAUGCUGUCCCCGUCGCACCGCCAAUGGCUUUGGAGUCUUCCAACGGUGGCAGUGGUGGAGGUUCCGACCCACAUGGCGAUGAUGACGAUAAGCCUGAGGGUGAUGGCAAGGGCAAAGGCAAGGAGAAGGAGAAGAUCCAGGAUUUCGAGAACCUCGAGGGUUCUUUGAGGCGAUUCGUUCUGGAAAAGCGCUCUCGUUCGAAGCUGGCUCCUGCUCGAACCUAUUUGCUCAACUUGCUUGCAGACAUCAACUCAUUGGCGGUUGUUAAUCGUGACGUCGCUCAAUCAGAGCUCAAGCGUGUCACAGAGGAGCUCGCAGAGCUUGAACCAGCUUACGAGAAUGGCAAGAAGAAGCAGAUAGAACUCGGUGAUGACAUUGAAAAAUGCAUUGACGAUUCCUGCGAGGAUGUGUACACCCACACGCGGUCUACUUUGACAGACACCAUCUCUCGUGUCUCCGAGGCAGAUUUGGGUGUUGAGUAUCCCGGUCUUUUCUCCGCAUUCCAGUAUGCUGAGGAUCUCAAGGUGGCGAUGCUAGAGCAGAUCUCUGCAUCUGUCGCUGACUGCGAGGAUUAUGCGCGGGCAAAGACCGUGCAAGGUGUUGGUUUCAUUCAGAACAUCGGUCUUUUUCAUGUUGGUGAAGGCAAAUUUGCUCCUUUGAACUUCCGCGCGGAUAUGAUGUUCCGUCGUGGCCGCCGGCACACUCUGGCCAGGCAGGUAGAUACGGAGGUGGAGCUUUGGGAUUUCUUCGACAUCGCCGGCCUUUGGGAGCGCCAAGAGAAGAUGGCAGGCACCGGAAUGGCCAUGACUGCCAUAACAGUCCUCGGAGGUCGUGCCUUCGGAGGCAGCUGGGUAGAUAGUAUGUUCAGCGCCGCCAAGUUCCUUGGACCCAACAAUCUGCGGCGUCUGCUUCUGCCAGGCAUUGCUGCUGCUGCCGUGUUGACUGCUGCAUAUAUGCUGUCGUCGAUUCCACAUACACUCCCCCCUCGUUUGUCACGCAAGCUCGCCGCUACUCUCUCUGAAAUGGACUAUGUGCACUCGAAUUCCACACGAAUCUCAACAGAAGUCCGCCGCAUCCUUCGUAUACCCGCCAGCAACAUGCAGACUAGUCUUGCCCAGGGUAUCGAGGACCUCGGCCGACGCAAGCAGGAGGUCAGCAAGACAAAGCAUGAGAGCGAGACUGCCAGCAAGUACUUCUCCAAUCUGUUCCGAGACAGUGGAGAGAACAGAAGAUCAGUCGAAAACAUCGAUCUGGACGCCCCAUUGCCCGGUGGCAUGGCAGCUCUCCAGGGCUAA